AUGGUGGGCGAACAAAGAGACACGUUUGUGGUGGAGUACUUCGAUCCACAGGCGAGCCUCUCUCGCACGUACCAGUUAUGCUACUUUGCGGACGACAAAACGAUAGAGAUGUACGACCUCAAGACGAAGCGCUUGUUUUUGAAGCGCUGUGCGUAUCCAUCGCUGAGCCCAAACGAGCUUUACGUGGGAGCGACCAUUAACGUCUUUUCCCGUCCCCUUCGCAUUGUCGACUACGGCGACGACGUAACACGCAAGCGGCUUACCACGAACUCGGGUGAGUGCAUGAUCACCGUUGACAUGGAGCACUAUAGCGCGUUAGCGGGCUCUGUGGUUGAGGCUAUGACAACGCAAGGCCUGCGUAUUACAUUCAUCCGCUUAGUAGAGCUUUCCCAAAGCCUUGCUGCCCGAGUUGUGUCGAAGACGCAGCGGUGCCUACUUCUACUCGUGAGCGGCGCCGGAGCCCGUGAAAAGGUGGCCUCGGUGGCGGCUUCUUUCUCGUCCGCCGUGACACAGAUUUUGAGCGAGAGUGCCAUGCAGGAGCUGAGGGAGACGUUAAUGGGAGCAGGCGAAUCCACGGCGACGCUAAAGAACUGCGCUGUGUGUGUCAUCAAGCCACAUGCAAUCACUAGCGGUCAUCAGGGUCCCAUUCUUAGUCGCUUGGUGGAGGAGGGGUUUUACAUUAGUGCCCUUGGCUCCUACCAGCUGACGGUGGCGGAUGCCGAGGACUUUUUAGAGGUCUAUAACGGCGUUCUUCCGGAGUACAAGAAGCUGGUGGAGCAGAUUUCGUCUGGCCCGUGCUGGGCCAUUGAGGUUUGCGCAGAGAACGCCGUGCCGGCGCUGCGGGCGGUGUGUGGUCCACAUGACCCGGAGGUGUGCCACGUGCUUUUCCCUCACACACUCCGCUCCAAGUACGGUGUGGACCGCAUCCGUAACGCGGUCCACUGCACCGACCUGGAAGAAGAUGGUCCCCUUGAGUCAGAGUUCUUUUUUUCCCUGCUACAGAACAAACGGUGA